CGACAUCCUCUGCAGUGCCUAGCACAUGGAUUUCAGGACCUCCUGUGAAGAGACAAAGACGGGUAUCUGUUUGCUGCAGGAUGGUAAUCAGGAGCCUUUCAAAGUGCGCCUCCACCUGGCCAAGGACCUCCUGAUGAUCCAGGAGCAGGAUGUGAUUUGUGUGUCUGGUGAGCCUUUCUAUUCUGGUGAGAGAACGUUGACCAUUAGAAGACAGACUGUAGGAGGAUUUGGAUUAAGCAUAAAGGGGGGAGCAGAACAUAACAUUCCUGUUGUCAUUUCAAAAAUCUCCAAGGAGCAAAGAGCGGAACUUUCAGGAUUACUCUUUAUUGGGGAUGCAAUUCUACAGAUAAAUGGAAUUAAUGUGAGAAAAUGCAGACAUAAAGAAGUGGUUCAGGUUCUUCGGAAUGCUGGAGAAGAAGUGACUUUAACAGUAUCAUUUUUAAAAAGAGCACCUGCUUUCCUCAAACUCCUGUUGAAUGAAGACUGUGCAUGUGCUCCUAGUGACCAGAGCAGUGGCACCUCCUCUCCUCUUUGUGACAGUGGCUUACAUCUCAACUACCAUCCCAACAAUACAGACACAUUAUCAUGUUCCUCAUGGCCAACAUCAUCAGGCCUGAGAUGGGAAAAGCGAUGGUGUGACCUCAGACUGAUUCCUCUACUUCAUUCGCAUUUCUCUCAGUACUUUCCUGGGACAGAUCUGAGUCGGCAGAAUGCUUUCCAAGUCACUGCUGUGGACGGGGUGUGCAGUGGAAUUAUUCAGUGCCUCUCUGCUGAAGACUGUAUUGACUGGCUACAAGCAAUAGCAACGAAUAUUUCAAACCUCACAAAGCACAAUAUUAAAAAAAUCAACAGAAAUUUUCCUGUAAACCAGCAGAUAGUCUACAUGGGCUGGUGUGAAGCACGGGAGCAGGAACCCCUUCAGGACAGGAUGUAUUCUCCAACGUUUCUCGCCCUGAGAGGCUCGAGUCUUUACAAGUUUUUGGCACCUCCAGUCACCAUCUGGGACUGGACUCGAGCUGAGAAAAUUUUUUCCAUUUAUGAAAUUAUGUGCAAGAUUCUCAAGGACAGUGACCUGCUGGACCAGCGGAAACACUGCUUCACCGUGCAGUCUGAGUGCGGGGAGGACCUCUACUUUUCCGUGGAGCUUGACUGUGACCUUGCACAGUGGGAGCGAGCCUUCCAGAUAGCAACCUUCCUCGAAGUGGAGCGGAUACAGUGCAAGACUUAUGCGUGUGUGCUAGAAAGUCAUCUAAUGGGACUCACUAUUGACUUCAGCACAGGAUUUAUCUGCUUUGAUGCUGCAACAAAGGCUGUACUUUGGAGGUAUAAAUUUUCUCAGCUUAAAGGCUCUUCAGAUGAUGGCAAGAGCAAAAUCAAAUUUUUAUUUCAGAAUCCAGAUACUAAACAGAUUGAAGCAAAGGAGUUGGAAUUUUCAAAUUUAUUUGCUGUUCUUCACUGCAUCCAUUCAUUCUUUGCUGCCAAAGUAGCUUGUUUGGACCCUCUAUUUUUAGGUAGUCAGGCUACUUCUUCUGCUGCUGCCAGCUCUGCUGCAACAAGCAAAGCAAAGUAUCCGACUUGACACACUGAGCUCUUCAUUGUGACUCAGGAUGACUGUGUAAGCAGAGUACUCAUAUUAAUCACUCUAGA